AUUCAUUUCUUGAUCGGUGGUGCCUCGUACUACAUUCACAUGUGGAUUUUGGCCUGUUGUGCGCGCACUUUUCUGCUAUACGGUGUGCCCAGCCCAGUGCACAGCAUUCUGAUGAUACAACCGCAUCACGAGCCGGCCCUAGCAGGUCGGGACGGACAUUAGUAGCAGCCGUGCAUAGGUUAAAACCGACCCCACGGAUUCACAUGACGAUCGAUCGACUUGGACUUCCGCCCGCAUAGGCAUAGGAGGCAGGCGUCGUAUGCACGGCCACUGACCGCGUGUCUGGGCCGGGCGCGCCAGCAUCGAAUCGCCUCUUCUGAGGAAUUCCCUGUCGCCGCCACAUGUAACGCCAGUCACUGUAAAAGUUUCUUGUUCCGGCUCCACGUGAACCCCUCGACCCCGUAGACGACGCUAGCCGGUUCACAUGCGGCUCACAGGCGUCAAUGCACGGCACAGCACACACGCCCGAUCCAUGCCAUUGCCAUCGUUUCGUGAACCGCCCCAAUCAGUCAGUUCAUCAAUAGCAGCAGCAGCCCGUGCUGAAUGCUCUGAAAUCUGAAUGCCACUACCAGGCCACACACAGAGAGAGUUCGCAUUCGUAGGCACCGGCUAAGCUAAAAAGAAAAACUAGAGUGGAGAAAGGCCAAGUGUCUUGCGCGGGCGGGCGACGGAUCGGCAUCGAGCACUCCUCCGAUCCGGCCGCGCUUGCUUGGCAAGCUCGAUCUCCUCCCGUGCGGGUGCGGCCUACCUAGGUGAGGUGAGCGCGGCCAGCAAGCAAAGCGGGCGCGCGCGCGCGACGGAUAUCAUAAUCUUUUGGCCCCGUCGCCGUCGCGGGGGGUGUUGCCCGCCCUCGCACUGGGUCGCCUAUAAAUUCGGGCGGGAGGCCACGCAAAGAUCGUUGGCGGAUGUUUAGCUCCCGGCGGAACAGAGCAAGGCAGCGCGAGUGUGAGCGUGGACUGGACCAUCGUCUGCCUCUUCUGCUUCUUCCUCUACCUACUGCCGCUCUUGAGCAAGUGCCUUGGUCUCUCGAAUAGCACGAACUGCUGACCGGCGAUGGAGAAGCUGGUGUUCUUGCUCUUAUGGGCUGCUGCUCUCAUGGAAGGUUCCAUGGUGAAGUCUCUCCCUUACGAUUCUUCCGCAAGCGUCGAGUGCUUGGUUGAGCCGAUGGAGCCGCACUACGGCGGCGGGGUCAUCGUCAACCCGGACUUCAACGCCGGCCUCCGGGGCUGGUCGGCCUUCGGGUACGGCACCGUCGCCGAGGGCGCGUCGGUGGCCACGGGGAACCGGUACGCCGUGGCGGGCAACCGGACGCGGCCGUACCACAGCGUCAGCCAGAAGGUGUACCUGCAGAACGACACGCACUACACACUGUCAGCGUGGUUGCAGGUGAGCCAUGGUGUCGCCGCCGACGUGUGGGCGGUUGUCAAGACCGCCGAUGACUUUGUUCACGUCGGCGGCGCCGUGGCCAAGCCCGGGUGCUGGUCCAUGCUCAAGGGCGGGUUCACCACCGCCAACGCCGGACGCGCCGAGAUCUACUUCGAGAGCAACGCGACGGUGGAUAUAUGGGUGGACAGCGUGUCGCUGAAGCCGUUCAGCAAGGAGGAGUGGGCGGCGCACCGGACGGAGUCGACCCGCGCCGUGCGGAGGAAGAUGGUGAGGCUCCAGGCCAAGGACUCCGGCGGGAACCCGCUGCAGGGCGCGGAGGUGUCGGUGGAGAACGUCCGCAGCAGCUUCCCUCUGGGCGCCGCCAUGAGCCGCGAGAUCCUGACCAACCCGGGGUACCAGCAGUGGUUCACGUCCCGGUUCACGGUGACCACCUUCGAGAACGAGAUGAAGUGGUACAGCACGGAGCCGGCGCCGGGGCGGGAGGACUACACGGUGCCGGACGCGAUGCUGGCGCUGGCGAAGCAGCACGGCAUCGGGGUGCGCGGGCACAACGUGUUCUGGGACGACCCCAAGCAGCAGCCGCGGUGGGUGCAGUCGCUGCCGUACCCGGACCUCCUGGCGGCGGCGUCGCGGCGGAUCCGGUCCUUCGUGUCGCGGUAUGCCGGGCAGGUGAUCGCGUGGGACGUGGUGAACGAGAACCUGCACUACUCCUUCUUCGAGCGGCAGUUCGGGUGGGACGCGUCCACGGCCUUCUACGCGGCGGCGCGGCUGCUGGACUCCGGGUCGGCGCUCAUGUUCAUGAACGACUACAACACGCUGGAGCAGCCCGGGGACAUGGCGGCGGCGCCGGGGAGGUACGUGGACCGGCUACGGCAGAUCAUCGCGUCCUACCCGGAGAACGGCGCCGGCAUGGCCAUCGGGCUGGAGGGGCACUUCACCACCCCCAACAUCCCCUACAUGCGCGCCGCGCUCGACUCGCUGUCCCAGAUCGGGCUCCCCGUGUGGCUGACGGAGGUGGACGUGGCCGGCGGGCCGAUGCAGGCGCAGCACCUGGAGGAGGUGCUGCGGGAGGCGUACGCGCACCCGGCGGUGCAGGGGGUCAUCCUCUGGUCCGCGUGGCGGCCGCAGGGGUGCUACGUCAUGUGCCUCACGGACAACAACUUCAAGAACCUGCCGCAGGGGGACGUGGUGGACCGGCUGCUCGCCGAGUGGAGGACGGCGGCGCAGACCGGCACCACCGACGAGCAGGGCUACUUCCAGGCGGAGGUCGCGCACGGCGACUACAAGGUCACCGUCAGCCACCCGUCGCUCAACACCUCCGUCUCGCAGAGCGUCACGGUCGACCUCGGCUCCGGGAACCACUUCUUCAUCCAGGCCUAGAAUCAAAACUUGCUUUGCUAGGGGUGAUGUAGGAAUGUUCCAGGGCAUCAGAGUAGUAACUGUCCAGAAAUCACGGUAGAACACACUAGCUUAGCCAUUCAUGUACACAAAGUUUACACCGUAUAAAAAAGGAGGCCGUACUACUUUA